GUUGCCACAUUUGGGACUAUACGCAGUCACAGAUAAGGAAGGAAGGAAGCAGCCGGGAGAUAACGCGCUGAAGGGACGAUGCAGCAUCAGGUUACUAGCUUUGCUAGCUAUGGUGCAUUCAGGACGAGCACGCCGCCUCCACCGAUAUCUCCAUUUAGCGGGGCAUGGAGGAAUAAAACGCGUGGAAUCAAGACGGAAACAGUCGGGACACGCCUCCCGAGGCACGCCGCCAUCGUCGCCCAAUUGGAACUGAAGCCCCUGCCUUACUCUUUGGAUUGCUUAGAACCGCACAUGACGCGGCAGACAUUGGAGUUGCAUUGGGGAGGGCAUCACCGGGCCCAUGUUGUUCGCCUCAACAAUCUCAUUGCAGGGACGGACCUGGAUGGGAAGGGACUGGAAGACAUCGUGCUUGCUACAUAUAACAAGGGCAACCCACUACCAGCCUUUGUUCAUGCGGCGCAGGUUUGGAAUCAUGAUUUUUUCUGGCAAUCCAUCAAACCAAAUGGCGGAGGACAUCCAUCUGGAAAACUCAUGGAGCUGAUUGAGAGAGACUUUGGUUCAUUCAAUACGAUGUUGGAAAAUUUCAAACAAGCUGCAGUAACACAAUUUGGUUCCGGUUGGGCAUGGCUUGCUUAUAAGGCAAAUAAAUUAGAUGUUGGCAAUGCAGUUAAUCCUUGUCCUUCAGAAAAAGACAACAGGCUUGUUGUGUUAAAGUCUCCAAAUGCCAUAAACCCUCUAAUUUGGAAUUAUGCUCCGCUCCUUGCUGUAGAUGUCUGGGAGCAUGCAUAUUACCUUGAUUAUGAGAAUAGAAGGGCUGAUUUUGUUUCAGUAUUUGUGGAAAAGCUUGUUUCUUGGGAAGUUGUCAGCCAUAGACUUCGGAUUGCCAUGGAACAAGCAGCGGAGAGAGCACGCGAAGAGACGAGAGAAGAUGAUGACGAGGAGGCAACUCGCAGUGACGCGGUGGAGAUGUACUUGGACAGCGAGGGUGAUGACUCGGAAACUGAAUGAAGAGUAAUCGGACCGAGACUGAAAGUUUUAGCCAACUAGCAAAUGUUCUACAGUGGGAAGUUACCUUAGAUAAUGUAGCUGGAUAUAUUAUGCUGAGUGUAUUUCUAGCUCAUUUAGCAUAAGCAUUUUAUCUGUAUCGAAUUGUAUCGUUUUGAUCUACAGAAAUACACUUGUAUCUGUGCUCGUCAGCAUCGUAAACUUAGUGAGAAA